AUGGCUGAGGAGGAUGAAGACCUUGACCUGUACAAUGAAAUGACUUUUGGGAUAGAACAAGACUCUACUGAACAGGACACCUCAAAACUCCCAAUGCCUCCAGAGAUGAGCCCUGAGCUGGCCAAAGCAGUGGCAGAGGAGACCGAGGCAGGGGAGGAACUGGGGCCCGAAGCAGCUGAGGAGCUGAAAGAGCCCCAGGAGGAAGGUGGGAUGGAGCUGGAGAUGGAGCAGCUCAGCUCUGAGUUGGAGGAGGAGGAUGGUCUGGGGGCUGAGGACCAGGAGGAAGACCAGGAGCCCUGUGAGGAGCCCAAUGACCUGGGAGACCCAGCAGUGAUGAGAGCUGUGCACAGCAAACCCACACUGGAGAGCCAGGACUCAGCGGUGCUGGACAGCAGGAUUGGUGCUUGCUGGACAGACUUUGGCAAAGAGAAUGUGCUGGCCAUGGAUCCCACCAUGUGGGGCUCCCGUCCCAGCAGCAUCCCCCCUUCCCACAUGCUGGAGGAUAAAGCCAUUGUCCAGGUCCUGGAGAGGCCCCCACCAUCCACGAAUGUGGCUCUCGACUUCCUCGGUUCCCAUGUACAGAGGGGCUACGGGGGUUCUCCCCGGCUCAAGCGCCCCAACAUAAGGCUGGUGUCCCCCAAGUCCUUCCCACAGCGCUUUCUCCGGCAGACCACAGGGUAUGCAUCUCCAACCCCUUUCCAGCCCAUGUCACCUAACAUCAGCCGCCCACCACGGCCUCUCGCCAUGCACUUUGGUCCCAUGUCUCCCUCUUUAGACCCUGCUCUUUUCUUCAGUCCAUCAGCCAGUGGCCAGCUGAACCUCAGCAUGCCCAGCCAUCUGACCCAGCUGCACCCGCAGCACCAGCGCAUCCUGACCCAGCGGCAGCAGCAGAGCAUCUCCUCCAAGAAGCUGUGGUCUCCUAAAGUGGACCCUUGUGCUGGGCUGAUGACCUCCAAGGAGAAGGACUGGGUCAUCAAGGUGGAGAUGAUCCAGCUGCAGAGCGAGAACAUGGAUGAUGACUACUACUACCAGACAUACUACCACCGGCUGGAGCGCAGACAGGCGGAGGAGGAGCUGCUUGGGGGGCGCAACAAGCAAGAGCCCCCAAAGCUGGUCACACCGUUCAUCCAGAAGGUGGAGAUGUACAACUCUGUGGUGCGCAUCGCAGGCUCGCUGGGCCAGGUUGCAGUGUCCACCUGCUACAGCCCACGCCGGGCCAUCGACGCAGUGCACCAUGCCCUGGUGGAGGAGGCUACGGGGAGCCACCGGCUUCGGGCACUGCACAAGAUCGAGAAGCUCUUCCUGCAGCUGCUGGAAGUGGAGGAGAUGCAGCGGAAGAUGUCUCUGGCUGCAGAGGAGCAGGAGCAGAAGAGCCGAGAAGCGGAGCGUAUCUACCAAGCCCUGAAAAUCAGGGCUUGCAGCAGUGAAGAGGAGGCAGAGGAUGAAUUUCUGCAACUCCUGUGUGUGCAAAAGGGCAAGAAGCUCAUGGCCCGGCUGCUGCCCCACCUGAGCCCGGAGCAAGCGGAAAAGAUUCUGCUGACCAUCACCCACCACCUGCCCUUCCUCAUGAAGAAGGACGUGUUGGAUGAGUCUCUCCCACUGCUCUACAGCCCCUUGAACAAGGUGGUGGGCAGGAUGACUUUCAGCAAACUCAUCGAGGUCCUGCAGGAGAUGAGCAGGCCCCUGCCCGAAUCCCCUGAGCUCCCUGUCACCAUGGCCUUGAAGAACCAGUUUGGGAUCUCCUUGCUCUACUCCCUGCUGAGCCAUGGUGAGAGGCUUCUGUCCUCCGACAUGCCACUGGAGCUGCGCAGCGGGGACUUCGAGACGUGGGCCUCACUGGUGGAGCCUCUCUUCUUGCCCAGCAACCUUCUCUCGCUCUUCUGCCGCUACCUGGACAAGCAGACUGUCCACCACCUGGAAGCCAAGAUGGAGUGCUCCCCACUGCCGUCGGAGGCUGCCAUGUUGUGCUGA